UUCUAUAGACAGCAUAGUACUCGUUUCCACGGCGUUUGGCUCGUACUCGAAUCAUCGACUGACAACAAGCACGACAGUGCUGGCAACAAGCGGCAACUACUACUCGUUGACCAUAGUUCUUUAUGCACCAUUUUAUUGGAUUGUUUUGCAAGCACAAUGCCCCAGUAACAACGUGGGAGUCUGGGGCGCUUAUUAAACCAGGCGGAUGUUGACAAACAGCUCUGAUGUUGAGUUUAGCAGCUGACAUUAGACUUGCUUACUUGCACGCGAAGCAUGGCCAGAGACUUGUACACGCCGCCCAGGGAAUCGACGGGGGACUUGGCUGUGAUGGCGACCACAUCCGCAACCUUUUUCGCAGUGCAAUGCGGGCAACCGAUGGCCGUGUCAGCUUGCUUCAGGUCUAUGUGAAGCUUCUACUGGCGGCGGCGGCAGCUGCGGGUGUCGCCGCCUCCGCCGCUGUAGCGAACCCGCACUACCGGGCAGUCGCCCUGAAGCGCGCCAUGCGACAGCUACCGGAGCUCCUGCGGCUAGUACCAUCUGCAGAAGCAGACGUGGCCGCAGCCGCAGCGGCGAGCCUUGCAGCGGACAUAUCGCGGCUAAUGGCCGCGGCGGGCCUUGACCCGGCCCCAGAGCCAGCACAGGCAGCUGAGGUAGGACAGCCUGGCGCGUUCAUGCUGUCACACGGGGCGCGGCUGCAGCCUCCACCGCCGGAUGCAACUGCAGGCGUGGUUGGUGCGCUCGGUGCGGUCGCAGCUGCAGCGACACCACUGGAGCAGCCUGCUGCUUCGCCGACACCGCCAGUGGAGCGUGGGCUCCCCAGCGUCAGCCACUCUGGCGGGGACCCUGCCGUCACCGCUGCCCCUACUGCAGCUGCUCCUGCGGACCCACUGCAAUGCGUUGGACUUAGCGGCGAUCGCUUUGCAUGCGGCCCUGGUUCCGUUGGCGGCGACGCCUGCGCAGGGGCGGGCCAGCAUUCUCGUGAGUUGCUGCAGCAGCAGGCUGUGCCUCCGCGAGAGGAGCCCUUGCAGCAGGAGGGCUCGGGGGAGAGCUUGCCGGUGUUUGACCAGCUGCUUGAUUUCAGCCUAGAUCAGACCGGCGAUCUGGAUCUGGACGGUGACCUGCUCGACCUCAUCAACUCGUGGCAGACGGAGCCGCCAGGCUCCGAGGGCGUUCCGGCGACGCCGUUCCCGGGGUCAAAACUGGACCUGUUCGACGACGAUGUCGACGACGACGGAGGCGUGGGGUGUCUCGGCCUGUGUGCUGACGCCAGUGCCCUUCCAACGCCGCAGCCUCUCGCCGCUCCGGCCGCACAGGUCUUGCAGCCAGACCAACAGCGCGGCCCCAGCGGCGCCGCGCAGGCGUUCAACAUGACGACCGCGAGCCCCCCAUCCCCCGGCAUGGCCUUCUCAGGCGUGGACGCUGCAGCAGCUGCACUGGACGGCGUGUGCCUGGCGGCAAGCCCAGAGGUGCAGCAGUCGCUCACGGCACCUGAAAGCUCCGGUGCUGCUGCCGCGCCGUUGGCCCUCUACGCGUCGCUGGCCCCAGCUGUCUCUGCUUCAGUGCCGGUGACUGAGAAGGCGCACCGCGACGGUAGCGCAAGCAGACUGUUGCUGCCACAGGGCGGGGGCUUGCAACCAGUGCGCUCAGCAGAACACGUCAUGCCCGCCACAGCAGACGUCCGGACAGCAGAGCCACGUGUGCAGCAACAGAUGGCGGCGGCAGAGGCGGUGACUCAGACAGUCCCGCCCGGUCUCCCGCUGGCCGCCAAGAAUCGCUCGACGGUGUUGUUUGAGGUGGAGCAGCUGCCCCUGAACCCAACCCCGCUGCAGCUACCGCAGCAAGCGCAGCACCGGCAGCCACAGCAGCAAGUGCAGCAUGGACAUCAACAAUUUCGCUCAACGGCACUGGCAGCAGGAAUGGAGGAGCGCAACUACAAGCACGCCCGCUCCGACCCCGACGCUGACGCCGGGCGCUGGCCGGCCGAGGGGCAAGCCGGUGCAUGGACGUCAGUGGCAGCGGCGAUGCCGCUGACCCAGCCACCACACAGCGCCCCCGUGCAUAGCGGUGACCAGGCAGCACAGUACGCUGCAGCCCAGUGGCGGCCGCAGGGGACAGGUGCCGGAGCGGCUGUGUGGCAGGCUGAGCAGCGGCCAGGUGAGUGCUGGGCUGGGACGCAGGCGGGCCAAGGUGCUGCGGGCAACGCUGGCGCACUUCAUUCCAGCCACCCACCGGCCUUGGACGCCCCGGCGGCGGCUGGUGGCCGCGCAGCGUACGGCUCCUACACGGAGGCACAGGUGCCCAGUGGUCACGUGGGCAGUCAGCAGCAGCUGCCACACCAUCAGGAGGCGCAGCCUCAACCGCAAGCGCUACACCAGCAUCAGGGCUACCACCAGCAGCAGGAGGGCCAGGUGCCUCAAGACCCGGGGCAUGGCUGGCACCAGGAAGGCCGCGAGCGCGGGCCGCGCCAAGGGCCUGCAGCAGGCGGGUUCGGUGGAGCGGCGCCCGGCGCUGCCUCGGCCGGAAUCAUGCACAGUGCCCUGCCGAUGCAUGUAUCGCGCAACAGCAGUAAUGCUGGGGAGGCGCACGGCCCCAACAGUCUGACGCAGUGGCUCCCGGCGUCAUCCAUUUCUGGCCACACGGCUUUGUCUGAGUCUGGGGCGCUGCCGACAGCGCCGAGGCAGCCGAAUCGCGGCCACGCUGCAGCGAUGCCGCAGUCGCAUGGCGGCCCGGGAACCAGCUGGCAUCAGCACAGCCAGCCCCGCCACCAGUUGCCCGAGCAAGACGCCGGGGCGCAGGCCGCGCUACGCAGCAGCAGCUCGUGCGAUGGCGCGCCACUGCAGCACAAGGCGGCCCGUGGAGGUAGCCUGCCGCACCCGGCGCCUCCCCAGCAUGACGCGUCCUACGCGCUUCGGCUCAGCUCGCCCGGCUACGCGCCCUACAUGGACAGGGCACCGGCAGCACCCACGGCGGCGUCCGGCGCAGGAGCGGCAGUGCCAGCCGGGCCCCGGGCGGAGCAGCAUUCAGCGGCAGCGCUGUCAGACUGGCGGCAGCAUGCCGGCGGUGUAACGUCAUCAGUGCCCCUUGACUCCAGCGGGCGCGCCAGUGGCACCGGCGGCGCAGCGUCGGCCCCGGCACCCCAUGAAGGGCAGCACUAUCGCUAUGGCCAGCAAGCUCAGCUGCAGGCGCGGCAUCAGGCGCACACGGCUAAAUCACGGCCACUGCACCACCACUACGCACAGGGCGUGCCUCCGCCGCCGGCUGUGCUUCGGGCGUUUAGCUCCGCGCCAGUGCCGGGAGCAGAGGCACGCAGCAGCGGGGCGCCACCACCAUGCCUGCAAUCUUGUGGCUCCUCCAUGCGUUUUGUGCCGGGCAUGACGCACCAGCAGCAGCCUGCAUCGCGGCCGCCAGCACUGCAGCAACCAGAAUGGCGGCCUGAGUCAGACGGCCAGCACAUGAACGUGGAUUGGCAGCAGCGAUGCCACCAAAGGGACCCGCAAGCACACCAGCCUGCGCCAGGCAUGGCUCCAAUCUCAGAGCCGCAUGGCGCCAGUGGACGCGGCCACCACCACGGCAUGCAGCCAGGCCGCCAGGCAGCGUCCUGCAGCGGGGUGUCGCUGUAUGCGUGUGUCGCGAGGCCAGACGCGGCGGCAGCAGCGAACUCGUCUGCGAUGGCCACGGGUGCGGAUGCAGCGACUGGGGUGGGCAUGCCGCCAGCGGCCGCGUCGGCGGAGCCUGCCCAGCGCUGCCUGCGCACAGCGCUGCGUGGAAUGAGCUGGAGCGGCGCACGCCAAGGUUUCGCCAGCCACCCAGCAUCUCCUGUGAUGGGCGGCUGCGAGACCCAGGGCAAGCGCCCCGCAAGCUGGCUGUACGAAGACAUGGUGGGCGAGCACCUGCCCCUAGAUGAUGAACACGACCAAGCUAACGCUCGGCUGCAACAGUGCAGCUUCCAUGCACCGGGGGCCCCUUGGCACCUGGGCCGGGCGCACUCAGCCCUAAUCGGCGCGGAGCGCGCGACGGCGGCUGUUGCGCCGCUGCCGCAACGCGUGCCGGCUCGCAGCUGCGACGGACUCGCCUUUUCGCCGCCACUCGGCACGCGGGCGGCUGACGGCCUGGCCACGGGUGCACCUGCGGGCGCGCAGCAGCAGAGCGGCGUCGCGGACGGCAGGGGCGCUCAGCCUCCUCGCGUCGUCUCCAUCUACACCGAGAACGCGUCGGCCGCUGCCUGCGGUACCGAAAGCUGGGAGUGCGGCUCAGAUGCGUCGCCUGCAAGCAAUAACUAUUGCAGCUCCGCUUCUGCGCGGCCGCCUUGGGACGCACUCACAAGCGGCGCGCAGCCAACCACUGUGGGCCGUGCCGGAGGCCGGGACAGCCGCCGUCGCUUGUUAGAGGGACACCGCGCGGCAUCGCCACACGAGGCCAGAUCAACCGGAUCAGGCCCUGCAAGCGGUGCCGACUCGCGUCACCUAACGCGGGGCGCUUUGGGCAGCGGUGCCCCGUGCUACCUCCCAGUGAACAACAGCAUUGCCCAGCCUGUUAGCCAUGGCAGGCUCAGCAGCUCGAAGAGUGCCCCGUACGAGUGGACAGACUCCAUGGAUCUCGACGGCCCAGUCGCCAGUGCGGUCCCGGCACAGGACCCCUGGAGCCGCAACCGCUGCGCCCCGAGCGCUGGGCACGGCGCUGCGCCUCACGGUCCGCGUUCUGGGCGCCAGGCGGCAUUCGGCACAGCGUACCCGGGCUUGCGGUCUGCGCCGCAGGACUGGUACGUGCCGCAAGGGACGUUCCAGCCCGAGCUCACAGAUGCCGAGAUAGACAUGUUGGUGGAAGCGGGGAUCGAGCCGUGCGGCCGCGCCGUCAAGCGCAGCUGCAGCCGCGUCGCAAUGGCGUUCAGCAACGGUCAGUCGGCUUUCUCGGGCGCGCAUGGCGGCGGCGGUGCGCUCGAGGGGUCGGCGAUGGGGACAGCCGGACCGGGUGCAUAUGCGAUGCAAGGCGCUGGGGGAGCUGGGGGCGGGGAUAGCGCCACCAGAGCACCCGUUGUGUCAGCAGCCACUGAUACAUGCCGAGCGGCUGGGCCUGCGCAGCUGAGUGGCGAAGCUGGCGCGAGCAGCAUUGACGGCAGCUACAGCCAAGGGGCGGCGGUGGCUGGCAACCUCACGGGACGCGGCUGGUACACUGGGGGUGGCGGCGGCCAAGGCACCACGGCCGUGUUACCGGUCCAUGGAGCCGGAGGCCAAAGUGUGGCUGCAGUCCCAACAGCAGCACUGAAUGUGGACCAGCAGGAGCCAGGCCCACCGCCACAGCUGCAGCAACAGCAGCCGGAAGCCGCAUGGGCUACUGCCCAGCGCGACGAGGCACCGGGCUCGCACACGCCUCGAUCGUGGCAACCCCAGCCGCAGUCGCAACAAGUGCAUCAGCAACCACAGUCACACCAAUACCACUCGCAGGCCUUGCAGCACCCGAGCCAGGGCUGUGGUGGCGGCGCAGGCAGCUGGGCACAGAUCCCUGCAACAGUCGGGCCUACCAGAGCGAAUGCCGGCGGCUUCGAAAGCUUUGGCAGCCGGGGUAGCGGCGAAUCGCAGGCCGCCCGCUCUCGCACGUACCACGGUGGAAGCGGUGCUUCGGUUGACGGGGACGUGGCAGGCGAGCGCGGCUGCGGUGGUGCCGUCGUGGCUGCUGCUGCUGCUGGCGGCGGCUCCGCUAGCCUCGGCCAUCCAAACGGGUCACUCGGCGAUGACGACGCACACGAGCUGACCUUUUCAGUACGCGGCCUUGCGAUGUCGGCGCUGCAGACUGCAGAUGUUCGGUCUGCGCCGCAGAAAGUCCGCGGGUCUCCGCAGCAACAAUACCACCAGCCGCAGCAGCAGCAACAGCAGCAGCGGCUACAGCACCACCCGGAGCAGCACCACCAGCAGCACCAACACCAACACCACCAGCAGCACCAGCACCAGCCCAAGGACCAGGAGAGGCUGUGGCACGCGCAGCCGGCGCAGAACAUCCGCCAGCAGCAGGCCGCGCACAUGUUCAGAACGACCACGUUUUUAGGGCAGUGUGGCGGACCACCGGCGGCCCAGCCGGGAACUGGCGCUCCUGGUUUUAGUUUCGCCCCCAGCCGGACAAUGUACAGCGGGCAUCCGGGCAACAACAUUUAAAGGGUUUAUCAUGGAGGAAAUAGAUCAGAGGGUAAUGAGACGUUGAGCAGAUUCCUGUGGAAGAGUGCCCCUGAGUGCCCGCACAGAAGCGAUGUCAUGAUGCUAUUUUUGAGGGGGGCCCGACGCCAGUGCUGCCUCGGCGUGACUGCAGUUGCAUCGCGUUGCCGAUUAGCCACGGACUAGCCUGACCUUGACGGCACCCAGGCAGAAGCAGCGCAAGUGGUGACAGUAGGCCAACCGCUGAAAAGUCUACGGUAAUUACGGUAGCACCGGGUGGUGGUGUUGGGGCAGUGUUCGUGCGUUGUUGAGUUUGUGCGGUUUUAUAAGGAGUUCCCUGUGACGUGUAGGCAACAUGGCUCCGUGCUGUUUCCAACGGCAAAACGCACCAGGUAGGCCUUACCAGGUUUGCAGGGAUGCAAACAGUGCGUCGUGCCCGUUUGAGUUUAUCAAAGCGUUGAAACUGUUUACGCAGGAGAGUGAUUCCAAUAAUUCGGUACGGAGCCUGCAUUCUUGCAUCUGUUCUUGCAUGGGGUGUUGAGAUUGAGAUUGGAGUUGCUGACCUGGUUGCCACCUGGGUUGGCAAGUACCGGAAACCGGGGUGGGUGACGAGAUCUAUGUUUGCGCCUUGAAACGCAAGCCAGCGCAACACCGCGGCAUGCUCUUUGAAGCACUUCGCGCGUUCUGUUUGAAGCACUACACCCCGGCAUUCUGUGUUAAGCACUACCCUCGUUCUGUUGAAUUCCUAGUAUAAGCAAGAGCAGAGGAAGGUGAGAACCAUAGCGUUCGCGUGCUGUGUUACGGCCCAAGAGUGGGAGUCAGCUGUAGCAGAGGUCUGUGACGUUGGGGCACUGUUGGGGCUAAAUGAUAAGCGCUCGGUGGCACGGGUUUUGAAGAGCUAAGGCGUCCGAGCUUCUAGUAGGUGUAGGGGGCUAGUAGGUGUAGGGGGCUACGUUCUACGUACAUGGUACCUCGUGUAAGCGCUUCCUCUGUGCUGGCGAGUUGCGGCCUGGCGUCGAUGCAAUUUCGGUCCGGACUCCGGAGUUAACCUGGGAUGCAUG